AUGUCCUCUGCCAAGCUUGGACAGGAUGUCAAUCGCAUCCUCUACAUCAAGAAUCUGCCUUAUACAAUCACUGGGGAGGAUCUUUACGAUUUGUUCGGCAAAUACGGUGCUAUUCGCCAAAUUAGGCUGGGAACCACGAAAGAAACUCGAGGCACUGCUUACGUCGUGUACGAAGUAGUCAACGACUCGAAGCAGGCAUUCGACAAUCUCAACGGAUUCCACCUCAAUGAGCGCUAUAUUGUGGUUAUGUAUCACCAGCCAGAGAAGCAGGCACAGAUUGCAAUCAAGCAGGCAGAGUUGGUGAAGCGGGAGGAAGAGCUCGUUGCGUUUAAGCGAGCCAAUGAUAUUUCGUAG